GACCUGCGUCUGUCUGUCUCUGGCUGUAGAUCUCCGGCAGGACAUGCUGACGCUGCAAAUUAUCCGGAUCAUGGAGAACAUGUGGCAGAACCAAGGACUGGACCUUCGGAUGCUGCCCUACGGCUGCCUGUCCCUCGGGGAUUGUGUGGGGCUGAUCGAGGCGGUGAAGGGCUCCCACACCAUCAUGCAGAUCCAGUGCAGAGGCGGCCUGAAGGGGGCGCUGCAGUUUAACAGCCACGCCCUGCACCACUGGCUGAAGGACAGGAACAAGGGGGCCAGUUACGACAACGCCAUCGACCUGUUCACCCGCUCGUGCGCUGGGUACUGUGUGGCCACCUUCAUCCUGGGCAUCGGCGACCGGCACAACAGCAACAUCAUGGUGAAGGACGACGGGCAGCUCUUCCACAUCGACUUCGGCCACUUCCUGGACCACAAGAAGAAGAAAUUUGGCUACAAGCGGGAGCGGGUUCCCUUCGUCCUCACGCAGGACUUCCUGCUCGUCAUCAGCAAAGGGGUGCAGGAGAGCACCAAGACCAAGGAGUUCGAGAGGUUCCAGGAGAUGUGCUAUGCGGCGUACCUCGCCAUCCGGCAACACGCCAACCUGCUGAUCAGCCUGUUCUCCCUGAUGCUGAGCUCGGGGCUGCCGGAGUUGCAGUCGUUCGACGACAUCGCCUACCUGCGCAAGACGCUGGCACUCGACAAGGCCGAGCCAGAGGCGCUCGAGUACUUCACGAAGCAGAUGAACGAGGCUCACCACGGCGGCUGGACCACCAAGAUGGACUGGAUCUUCCACACCAUCCGCCACAUGCCCCUGAGCGAGGCCGGGCACGACUGAGGGGCCCCGCCCACUGCUCUAGGCCCCGCCCACCGCUCUAGGCCCCGCCCUUUCCUCCUGGUCAGUGUGGCUGAAACAAUGUCCGUAAGCUCCUCCCAUCCCGGAGGGGGCUGGACCAUGAGCGACACGGGGGUGGGGGGCGGGGUCUCUCCCCCUUGGGGGGGCGUGUCCCAGGAGCACAGGCCCUGCCCUCCUUGCUCGGGCUCUUGCUCCUCCCCCUAAGCCCCGCCCCCUUGGGAAGAACUCCCUCUCAUCCUGGGCGGGGGGUGGCCAUAGAGUCACAGGCCCGUGACACGCAGAGGGUGUGGCCAAGCACUGAAGUCCCUCCCCCUUGGGCGGGGCCUGAGAGAGGGGAACUGGGACAUGUGCCCCUCCCCUUCUGGGUGCGUCCAGAGGGUGAGGGUGGGGGUGGGGGGCCCCUUCCAGCUCCACCCUUUUCAUAGGAGGAAGUGAGGCGGGGGGGGUGUCAAAUCCAUUAUGCCCCUCCCCUUGGGGGAAGGGCAGAAGUUAGAGAGCCUUAAGCCCCUCCCCCUGUGGGGCGGGGAUUGCACUGAAAGGGGCGGAGCCAGCACACUUAGGCUCCUCCUCAGGGACCCCCGCCCAGAGAUACCUGCUGUUUGUGGGGGAAGUGUCCGGCCCCUUUGACCUCUGACUCCCUUGGGAAUUGGGGGGGCAAUAAAGGGCAUUUAGCCCCCGUUUUUGAGGGGGCAACAACUCGUCCCCCCUCCUGAAAUCUUCCAAUUCACCUGAGCACCCAGCCCCCCUCAUCUGAUACUUGAAUCCUGCCCCUCCCCCCAAUCUGCCAGCUGGGGGGGGGGCAGAUACUUGACAUUUUUUGCCUGGAGAAUUUUUUUGUUGUUGGUGCAAAAAUACAAUUUUUAAAGAAGCCCGAAGUAGACCCGAAGUGUGGGGAGUGGAGGGGGGGGGCAACAUGCGGGGGCCCCUGCCCCAGAGAGCUCUGCACAUGGGGGCUGGUACCAGAGGGGACAGGCCCCUGCCCCAUUCCCUGCCCCCCUGAGCCAAGGAAACCUGGGGGCUGGGGGCCCCUGGAAAUAGACAAACGCAGUUGCAGCAUCCAUUUUUAUUGAGCUUUCAGGCUCUGGGGGGGGGAACCUGCCCAGCUGGCCCUGGCCCGAGGGGACCCCCCCCACAUUAGGGCAGGGGGAAAUAAGGUGCAGAGAUAGACGAGGUAGAGAAGGAACCCAGGCGUCCAGGCUCCCAGCCCCCCCUGCUCUAACCACCAGCCCCCGCUCCCCACCCAGAGCCGGGGAGAGAACCCAGGAGUCCUGGCUCCCAGCCCUCCCUGCUCUAACCCACCAGCCCCCGCUCCCCACCCAGAGCCGGGGAGAAAACCCAGGAGUCCUGGUGCCCGAGGCUGCAGCUGGUGAUGGAUUUUUUGGGGGUACUGGGGGUGGGGCGGGACCGUGUUGGGGAGCCGGCCUGUGAUUGGUUCCCGGUGAUGCUGCCUGUCCAUUGGUCACGGGGGGUGGGGCUAUAGAAGCUGGUGCUUCCGACAAAGGGUUAAAUUAAAUCUAUCGCCUAGCAAUAAACGAAACCAUUUAUA